UCCUAAGCGUCUCACUUCUGAUCAUAGCUGUGUCAUUUUCCAAUUAGUAUGUAGGCUUCAGCUAAGCUCGUCUUUGGCCAGAGAAGUUGAUCUUCAGAAGAAGCAACUGUCCUCGGUAUAAACUUUUCAUUUGAGAAACAAGACGAGAGAUUAAUCAACGGUUUAUCAACACACCUUUCUUUCUUAGGGUCAUUGUUCGACAUCUGAGGAGAAACGCUCACAGAUCCCGAGGAUCUGGGUAUCGAUAACAUGCGGAUAAACAUCACUCGCCUCUUCCUCGCUGCUGUGAUUUUUGGGCAGCAGAUCCCAUUCGCGGUAGCCUUUGCUACACCCAGGCAUUUACCUGUAGUAGACCUCGAAUAUGCUGUCCAUCAAGCAACGCUAAGUGAAACUGGCAACUACUAUAACUUCUCUAAUAUUCGCUAUGGCGAUGUGAUCGACGCUUCGACUCGCUUUCAACCUCCCAGGCCGCCACAGACUCAAAAUCGCACUUUGAAUACCGGUCAAAUCGCCACGCGUUGCCCUCAGACACACCCUUUCUGGCUUGUCGAUGGAUCGGCAAUAGCAGAAGGGAUACCAGCUGAUCAGCUGGAACCCGUACAAUUCAACAUCUCCCAGAUUCCGCCCAAAAACCCCGAGGAAACUGAAGACUGCUUAUUCUUAGAUGUCAUGGUGCCCACAAAAACCUUUCCUUCGCCUGGUCCGCAUAAGCAGCGUCCCAAUCACACAGAAACUGGAGCGCCAGUCCUGGUUUGGAUAGACGGCGGGGGGUUUUCAGCGGGCUACAAGCAUGAGCAACCCCCAGCCGGUCUUGUGUCUCGGUCUCAACUGGUUGAUGACAAAGGGUUUAUUUUCGUUGCUAUGAACUACCGUGUUGGACUCUUUGGUUUCCUCCCAGCUGCAAUAGUUGGCCAAGGCCAUUCGAAUGUUGGACUCCUUGAUCAACGCCUGGCAUUGGACUGGGUCCAAAAAUACAUCCACCUGUUUGGAGGAGAUCCCUCCAGAGUCACCAUAAUGGGCGAGUCAGCUGGAGGAGGAUCCGUCCUUCAUCAGAUCACCGCCUACGGAGGAUCAGAACCCGUUCCAUUCCAGCAAGCUAUUCUCCAGAGUCCCGGGUUUCAGCCCAACGGAAACCCGGGUUUCCAGGAACAACUCAUCGAUUAUGCCCUGACGAAUGCUUCAGUGUUGACCAACAAGACUGUGGAGACGGUGGAUGAUCUCCGUAGCCUUUCGUUUGACGAGAUCACACUGUUGAAUAGCGUCAUCGUCGGCCGUUCGCCUUAUGGCACAUACACCUUCGGCCCAGUCGUCGAUGGCUCGCUUGUCCCCGAACUACCCGGUACCCUCAUUGGGCAGGGUCGUUUCGCAACCUCGCUAAAAGGGUUACUGAUGGGCACAAAUUUCAACGAAGGAGUUCUGUUCGACUCACCGUUCCUCAAAAACGAUAGCGACUACCGCGGAAAUGUUCAGUUGUUUUUCCCGAAAGCGACUGACGAAGUGGUUGAUUAUGUUGCGACCGUCCUUUAUCCAGAUGACUUGUCCGGCAAAUAUAACUAUACGACCCAACCCCUCCGGGCAGCUAUCACAACUGCAGAAGGCUGUUUCUUAUGCAACACUCGAUAUCUUGCCAACGCACUUCCGAAUAUUGUAUCGACGCGGAUAUACAAAUAUCUUUUCGCUGUGCCCCCAGCGAUACAUGCCGAUGACCUUGGGUAUUCAUUCUACAACGGUAACGGUAGCCUUACGUGGGAAGGCUUUCCAGUGAAAGAAAAGACUGCCCUGACGCUGCAAGACUAUAUUGCUAGCUUUACUAUUACAGGGUCUCCAAACGACGGAUCAGCCGCGGAUUUCCACCCUGUAUUUCCGGCCUAUGGAGACGACGCAUUGGUUCUUAUUCUGAAUGAAACAAAUUUGGGGGAGAUAAUCAUUGAUGCGCAGGCUAAUUCUCGGUGCGACUGGUGGCAGAAAGGCUUAUUCGUUUAGCCAACUGAUCACGAAGUCUGUUGUCCUAGAUCUUUGUUUUUGGAACGAUCAUGAAUGAAUGGGGAUCAAUUCCCCCUAAUAAUGCGAGUCUAAUCAAUCAUUGUUUUCAAUCCAGAAAAUGACUGGGAAACAGUCAUUCUAGGCCAUGAUCUAGAUAUGGGUUUCAAGAGUUGUAGAGAGAGAGAGAAAAGAGAGUUCCCACCGGUUGGAGAUCUCUAGUAGUCUCCUGUAAUUGGGGAAACCUACUCCCCCCUAGAACGUGAUCUUCUUGAUCC